UGACAGUCAGUCCCAGUGAAACCUUUGGAUGGGGCGGGUGUGGCACCUCGCGGCACUGAGGCUGACGUCUAGCUAACCCAGUAAUCCCGUUUUGAGUGGCAGUGUGUAGGCGAGCAGUGAGCAGAGUGUGUCUUAUGUGUGCUAGUAAACCCCCACCCUGCACGUGACCCUUCCCUCUGCCACCCUGCCAGCCAGCCAUGCCGCUGUUCAAGGCGAGAAGGGCAGGCAAUGCUGUCAUGGAGGACCACCACCACACUCCUGCCAACGGUCACCACCACCACCACACAGACACCGCCUCCACCACACCAGCGCCUGAAGCCUCCACCGUGACGCGCCCCAAGCUGGUGUUCCACUGCCAGCAGGCGCAAGGUUCGCCCACGGGGAUCAUCUCAGGCUUCACUAACGUCAAGGAACUCUAUCAGAAGAUCGCAGAGUGUUAUGACAUCCCCACCGAGGACAUCCUCUUCUGCACGCUCAACACCCACAAGGUUGACAUGACCAAGCUCCUGGGAGGACAAAUAGGUCUGGAUGACUUUAUCUUCGCCCAUAGGAAAGGUCGGCCGAAGGAGGUAGAGAUUACGAAGACGGAAGACGCUCUGGGGCUGACCAUAACAGACAACGGUGCUGGCUACGCGUUCAUCAAGAGGAUUAAAGAAGGCUCCGUUAUUGACAGGAUUAAACACAUAGAGGUUGGCGACCACAUAGAGAAGAUUGACGGCAAGUCUCUGGUGGGUCACAGGCACUACGAGGUGGCCAAGAUGCUCAAGGAAAUACCAAGAGGCACCACCUUUGUCAUGAGGCUGGUGGAACCCCUCAAGGCUGGCUUUGCCAACAUUGGGCCAAGGACUGAUCCCAGAGCAUCCGGCAAGAAGGGGUAUGGUAGCGGCAAGCAAACACUGCGCUUCAAGGCCAAUGGACAGGCAGAGGUGGAGGAUGCGCCGGACGAUCUCAGCACAUAUGCCACAGAGAAGAUCAAUGCUUUGCUGGAGAACUUCAUGGGCAUCAACGACAACGAUUUAGCGGCCCAGAUCUGGGAGUUGGGUCAGCAGAAGCAGAACACGAUGGAGUUUGCCGAGGCGGUGGAUGAUUCUGACCUGGAAGCAUUUGGGUUCACUGAUGACUUCAUCUUUGAGCUGUGGGGCGCCAUCACCGAUGCCAAGGCUGGCCGGCUGAAGAAGUAAGGCCGGCCAUGGACGUGAGGGUGACAAGCUUAGUGUGAGAGGCACUGCUGUGUGAAGGAAGGCUGAACAUUGCACGUACGAGGCUGCUGAAAGAGACAAGGCAGCAGCACGCUGGGAAGGGAAGGGAAGGGCAGAGGCUGGACCAUCAAGGCCAAGGCCAGGAGGCAGGAGGUAGGAAUGGGCAUAUCUGAAGUAGCGGCAUUCCAAGAUCUAAGUCCUGGCGGGGCAAGUAACAAACAGCCUUGAUUUGCUUCAUGCCUUUCAGCAAUCUUAGGUUUUCUUUUAUUAUUAUUUUUAUUUUUUCCAGGUUAAAUGUAUAGUAUAUUUUUUCCAUGAGAUUUGUAAGUGUAUGACAUAUCAUAUGAGUAAUGCAUCACAUCUCAUUGAAGUGUGCAGGUUUACUGGGAACUCUUAAUUACAUAUAAAGUGUUGUGACAUUUUGUAAGAGGGCUUUAUAAUGUAUUCCAUACUAUCUUGAUUUGACACAUCUUCACAAAUUGCUAUGAAUGUGAAUAAAAGAAAGUGUAUACA